UGGGCAACAGUCAAAGUAUGUCAUCGGAAGGAUAAAGCGGAUGUACGGGUCUGCGGCGGAAGUAGAACCUUCAAGAUGAAGAUGGACGUGGACGGAGUUGAUCAUAUGGAAACGGGAGACUGCAAAGGAGGGUCCGGCCUCCGACAAUAUUACCUGUCCAAAAUAGAAGAACUCCAGCUGACUGUGAACGACAAGAGCCAGAAUCUGAGGCGUCUGCAGGCACAGAGAAAUGAGCUCAACGCUAAAGUGCGUUUGCUGCGCGAGGAGCUGCAGCUGCUGCAGGAGCAGGGCUCAUACGUUGGAGAGGUGGUCCGUGCCAUGGACAAAAAGAAAGUGCUCGUCAAGGUGCAUCCAGAGGGCAAGUUUGUUGUGGAUGUGGACAAGAACAUUGACAUCAAUGAUGUGACCCCUAACUGCCGCGUGGCUCUGCGUAACGACAGCUACACCCUGCACAAGAUCCUGCCAAACAAGGUAGACCCCCUGGUGUCCCUGAUGAUGGUGGAGAAGGUGCCCGACUCCACCUACGAGAUGAUCGGGGGCCUGGACAAGCAGAUCAAGGAGAUCAAGGAAGUGAUCGAGCUGCCGGUCAAGCAUCCUGAGCUCUUCGAGGCGCUCGGCAUCGCACAGCCCAAGGGAGUGCUUCUGUACGGCCCUCCUGGCACAGGGAAGACCCUGCUGGCCAGAGCCGUGGCCCACCACACGGACUGCACCUUCAUCAGGGUGUCGGGCUCGGAGCUGGUCCAGAAGUUCAUCGGAGAGGGCGCCCGCAUGGUGCGAGAGCUCUUCGUCAUGGCCCGCGAGCACGCCCCCUCCAUCAUCUUCAUGGACGAGAUCGACUCCAUCGGCUCGUCGCGUCUGGAGGGCGGCUCGGGGGGAGACAGCGAGGUGCAAAGGACCAUGCUGGAGCUGCUCAACCAGCUGGAUGGCUUCGAGGCCACCAAGAACAUCAAGGUCAUCAUGGCCACCAACCGGAUCGACAUCCUGGACUCUGCUCUGCUGCGGCCUGGCCGCAUCGACCGGAAGAUCGAGUUCCCCCCUCCCAACGAGGCUGCUCGUCUUGACAUCCUGAAGAUCCACUCCAGGAAGAUGAACCUGACCCGGGGCAUCAACCUCAGGAAGAUCGCAGAGCUCAUGCCCGGAGCGUCCGGAGCCGAGGUUAAGGGAGUUUGCACAGAGUCCGGCAUGUACGCCCUGAGAGAACGAAGAGUCCAUGUCAACCAGGAGGACUUUGAGAUGGCCGUGGCCAAGGUGAUGCAGAAGGACAGUGAGAAGAACAUGUCCAUCAAGAAGCUGUGGAAGUAAACACCUGUAGUGUUGAGGCCUCGUGCAGAAACGCCUCCGCCAACAAACUAGUGUAUAUUCUCCUUACCUUUUGUUUAUGCUUUGUACUCGUAGCCUUUAAACCAUCGCAAAUUAAAGUUUGUCCCGAAGUAAAGGAUGUGGUCUGUCUGACUUAUUAAAAGAAUGCAGUCC